AGCUGUGCGGUGAAGCCAUUCACACGGUUCACACACGCGCGCGCGUGUGCGUGCUCUCGAAGUUGUCAGCGGGGUGGUUGCCUCUCCAUCGGACUGCCGUCGCUUGCUCUGCCGCCUCCGUCGUUUAAAAAGGCGCCGCCGCGGCAUCGCCGGUGUUUACCGAUAUACGCCUCGCGUUUAUUUUUUUUUCUUUGUUCAAGUUUUUCCCCAGCGUUCUGCCACGCUCUCUUUCUUUUUCCUGCGAAGCGGAAAUUUCCGGCCUGUGAAGGAGUUGCGGCCCACUUGGAGGGUGACGACGUCCCGACGCCGCCUUCGUGUCGCCAGCUCGCUGGAGUGAUCGCCCCUUCGACCACACAUUUUUGGUCGUCUUUGUUGUUCUUGCUCUCCCGGAGUUCCAGCCACUCUCGCCUCUCCUUCAAGUCUGACGUGUCGACGAGUUGAUCGAAGAGUAUCCUCCUUAGAGCGCACUGCUUUCGCGGUGGCUUUCCAAGUUUAACGCUUCGAAGACCCGCCGCUGCCUGUGUACCGCUGGAUGAGAAGAUCUGUGCGCCUGACAGCCUUCGGCAGCCAAAGCAAGCCAUCUUAAAUACCGGGACAAUUUCUUCUCUUUGUCUGCAAGAAGAGGAAUUGCAUCUCUGUGUGAAACGAGUUUUUUCGAGAACACUGAGGGACUGAUACUUUGUUCAUUUAUCCUGCGAACAAGGAAUUUCCCUGACUCAAGAAGUGUCGAACUGAGGCUUGUGCGCUUUCACUCUCGAAGGACUGUCGUUUCCACCGCUCCCCAAGUGACUGGUAUCAACAAGACGAGUGCUAACUUCGAUGAUGUGGUUGCUUUCGAUAGUGCACCCUAAUUGGAACCAACGGAUUUUAAGACGCACCAUCGCUCACGUGUUAACAUCUGUGUGACGUUGCUCUGCUACUGACCCGGAUAUAUUUUCGUCCGGACUGGUUGAAAUUCGUGGUCCAUUGAAGUACCGUCAAGUCGACCAGGAAGCGAAGGCUCCGCAUUCAUUUCCUCGUGGUAAUAAUGUGUGAGUGCUUCCUGAAACUGCUUUAGCGUGUGCCGAGAGUGACUGCGUAAAACAAGCGCUGGAGUAAAUUUGCUUGUUCGGUGCGGCGUGACUGUGCGAAGGAUUCACCUCGCCUCUGGAUUACACUGUGGAUUAUUAAUGGCUAGGAGCGCAGCCACUGAACUGCGUCUGGUCUCGGUGUGUGUUCGCAGUGUUGUGUGAACUCUUACUAUAUCUCUGCGGAUACUUUGCUUCUCACUUAAAGAAGAGUAGCGGGAACGAAGGCUAAACCGUGAACUCUUUGAAAAAAUAACUCCUGUCGUUUCGUUGACAGUAACAACAAUACUGUGAAAACGUGCACGGCGUCACCAGUAAGAGGAACAAUACGGAACGCAACCGUAUUCCGGUGACUGUUCAUUGGACUUGAGGAUUGCGACGACGCCGAACUGGCUCAUCAGAUCUCGACCAGGCCGUUUUUCCAACUGGAUAAUUGUAGAGCCUGUCAUACCAUGGACACCGACGCAGAGGACCACAACUACAGGCACCGUUCCGGAGCAGACGCCGGCUGCGGCAGUGGCCUUGGCGUGUCCGAACGAACCGGCGUCAGAUGCGACAUCUUCCAAAUCACGGGGAACGGCCAGUCGCUUACUUCAGCCAAUGGCAAGCGGCAGUCGCAGGACCACACGCGUCGCCACAAUCACCACCACCAACAGCCGCAACUACACCAUCACCACCACCACUACCAAGGUCCCCUGCGACAGACCUGCGGUCGUCACUCGGUCGACGGGACCUGCCGAAACAACAACAUCGUCAUCUCUCCCACAGACUUCUUCCAACUGGAACAGGCGGACGAGAAGUCCAGGAGAGGUCUGAGCCUGGGAAACCUGUUCUCCACGGGAAAUCACCACGCGUACACGGCUCUUACGAGGGCUCUAGACUCUGGAAGUUCGAUCAAGUCGCCGCUGGACUCCUGCGGCGGCGAUUCGUGCAUCCUGGACAGUGCCGGCAGUACGACGGCCCUGCUGGAGACCGUGGAAAAAAGCAGUCGUGCGGCAGGAGGAGGUCGUGCCAAGGAAAAGAGGAGCCUCGGAGACGAGGAAGACGACGACUGCUGCGACUCGGCCUUUCCCGCCGGCUGGAAUUGGCCGGCCAUCCGCAUCGGCUGCCUGCUACUCUGCGUAUCCUGUUUGGUCGCCGUACUGUGCGUCGUCGUGGGUGUCCUGCUCCUGAGGCCUUCGUCCUGCGACCCUCCCAGGCAGUGGUGGCAGGGCGCGGUCAUGUACGAAGUGUUCGUCGCCUCGUUCGUGGAUUCGGACGGUGACGGGUUCGGCGACUUCCAAGGCCUCUCUUCGCGGCUCGACUACAUUCGACACCGGAUCGGGGCGUCUGCCCUGCGCCUGACGUCGGUGUUCAGCGCGCUCGACUAUCCGCUCGAGUACGAGCACAUCAUCGACUUCGACAACGUCGAUCCGCACCUGGGCCACAUGGAGGACUUCGCAGCGUUCGUCGAGCGGGCCCACGAGCUUGGUCUCCGAGUGGUGCUGGACAUCAACCCGACGGUGACGAGCGACCAGCACUCGUGGGCUGCCCACUGGUUGCUCAACCCUUACGGGGAGUACGCCAAUUACUACGUCGCCGUCAAUGAGUCUGCAGUAAUGAACAAUGGCGUCGACGAGUGGGAGGAUACUGACGACGACGAUCGGCGCGACCCUCAGCGGCCAUUCGGGAACCAGCUCUACCUGAACUGGUCUCACCCUGAAGUGCGACAGCAGGUCAUGAGGUCACUUUCUGUGUGGCUCGAAAAAGGAGUGGAUGGCUUCUAUCUAAAACACGUGGACAGGUUGCAGGUUUCGGAUGACCGGGAGCUCUACGAGGUACUCCUGGCAUGGCGCCGGCUACUGGACGAGCAGGACUAUAUGGACGAGCGUGGCCGCAUCCUCAUGACGUCAGUGAGCCUGGCCCAGGAGCUGGCCGAGAGGGACUCCCUCUUCGCCCAGCCAAUCGUAGCCCUGUUCGACCUUCUCGACGUCCACGUGCCACUCGAGGGUGGCCCGGAUAACGUGACGCAGAUCAUGGCGUCGCGAUACGCUCAGGUCACGCAGCAGACGAGGCUCGACACGCGCGCCACUCCCGGAAUAGGCGCCGAUGAGAACAUCACUGGCGUACGCAGCACCGGGAAAAGGCACUGCAGUGGAGUCGCCAACAUGGCAUCGGAUCCGUGGUUGAGCUGGAACCUCGGAGACUCAGAAAGCCCGCGACUCGCAUCGAGACUCGUAGAAGUCGAUCCACUGGCUGCACUCUUCACUCUCUGGGGCAUGCCAGGAACGGUGUCUCUGUUCUACGGUGACGAAAUCGGCAUGAAAGAUUCUCUGGACCAAUCUACUGGACGUCCGUUCCGGACGGGACAGCUGGGUCCCAUGCAAUGGAGUGACGCGACGCACGCAAACUUUUCCUCGCCGGCCUCGCGUCCGUGGAUGCCAGCUCAUCCAGACCACGUUAUCAGGAACGUAGAUAACGCCAGCGAGAUCAUCGACACACUGACCAGGGCCGCCGAGUUGAGGAGCAGCGUUGUGACGCUGUACAUGGCGGGCGUGCCAUCACAUCGACACCGGCGGUGCAACACGAAGCUGGUGCGUAACUGCGGAGAGAUCUUUGCCAUGGAACGCUUCUACCCGCGUCGUGCUCGUUACGCCGUGGUUGCCAACUUUGCGCCAAGAGGAGUCACCAGCGACCUCUCCGACCUCGGCUUCGAAGGGAACGUGGUGGCCGGAACCUGUUCGAGCCUCCCGACACGAGUCAACUUUCGUGAGCUUUACUUGGAACCUGGUGAGGCUCUCUACGUGGAGAUCACCAGUUGAAGGAGGGAAAGAAGACGUAUUCUAGGUGAUGUGACGUGACGAUCACUCGGACAUGCACGGCAAUAGCUCUUCCAUCGCUUGACGUGAUCGCCGGACGUUAUCAUCUGGGCGGCAUCAUCCGAGUCGGACGCGAUCAUCUGAGCAGUAGCUGGACGUGAUCAUCCAAGCAACAGCGACUCGACGGCUCAUUAGCGCCGAGAAGUGAGCUUCAAAACAACCGCUGGAGAUAAUUAAAUCGGAUUCUUUGUGAGGUGACUCGACCGUAAUUCCACCCACUCCGAGCCUCAGUCCUCGAUGUCAGACCAUCGGUUUACGAGCAACUUGAACGACAGUGCACUAUCUGAACACACGUAUUUCAUGUGGAAUAUGGUUGCUAGUGACGCGGCGUAGUGCACAUUUUUUGACACGGUGUAGCAGUGCUCGUAAGACCUGACCUGUUUCAUCACGUGUGCGUUUUUGGCGAGGGUUACUACAGAGUUCACACGUGUCAUGGUGUGCUUGUUAACAGCCAUUUGAUGAAGACAGCGACCUCUAGUUAGACGUCGCGGCGAUCAAUCCCUUUUCUGUGCUGUGAAACAAACAUCUUGGAGACCUCUUCCUGCGUACCAACCAACGUCAAUGCCCUGUAAGGGGCUAAACGAAACAGCUCAGCGGACUACAGUGCGCGGGAACGCGAGUGUGUUGGAUAAAAGGACCCCCUCUCUUGCUGUCAGCAAUACUUCGAAAGGGACAAUUGCAGUUCGAUGCAACUGCUGGCCCUUUGCACUCUAAUAAUCUGCCCCGGAUCAGAUACCGACUUGAAAAAAAAAAAACAUCGGAGCAUCACCCCUUGAUUCUUUAGCUUGAUUUGUGUCACUCGAACGAUUGCCGUGAAGAUGAAAAAGGUUGACUUUGCGUCCGACACUAGACUUUUGCGACAUACGAAAUGUAUGACUAGCACGAAGCGCUACCCCACUUCUCAGAGUAGACGGUAAAGGAUCAUGGAGAUUGCGAAGUACCACGCAUCAUAAAGGCUAAAAGGGCUGUUUAACAUGGCGAUCCACUUAUGAAAUCAGCAAUUGCAGAUCCGGCAUAAACAUGUUGGCAACACCAAUAAGUACUCGGGUACAGACUUCGGUACUUAACAAUGUACUGAAAUAGUUGUACUAAAAUGCUGACAGCGUAAGCAUAAAGUUAGGCUAAAAGGAAACAGGCUGUGGACUAUUUAAACGGCAAUACAGAAUGUACAAUUGAAGUUACUUUGCUAUUAACCUCCUUAAAAUAGAUUUACAAUGAGUCGAAUGCUUGGAUGUGGGUACUUAGAAGGCAGCGUUGUUCCGAUAACUCAGGUAUUGACGGUAUAAUUGAAGACGUAUCUAACGGGUGAGAUCUAACCUUCUACGUAGUAAGUACAGCAAAGGUCCUUGAAAAAAUGCUUAGGAGGCGUUGACAGCCGCGUAGUACGGCAGCAAGCAGUUAGGAACCUGCUUUUUAUCUGUGCAUGUGGGCCAUAUCAAGUAUCUACAACCCAAUGCUUGUAUGGUACUACAAGCAGUCAAAAGAGCUCUCGCAUUUCGACGACGACGCUGAAAUCCACUUCAAAGAAGUGUCCUCUAGCGGCGCUAUUUCGGCGCAUGCAGAGGCACGGCUAUGUCAAGUGUCACGGAUAACUCACGCAGUGCGUGGUAGGGACGACAUAAGAGCAAUCUUACGAACUUCUUAAGUUGAACUUGAGGAGUGAGACUCACAUUUGUUCUUGUGCAUCAGGUACGAAGGAGGCCACGGUUACUGUGUGAUCUUCAUUAUAUUACUGUAAAAUUGGGCUUGUGUUAAUUGCGUGUGCCAAUAUCGCCAAGUAUUCGGAUAGCGGAGGUAUUUGCUGUGAACGACUACGGUUUAAACGCACAACCAGGUGUAAUUGCGCAUAGACAAGCUUCCCUAGUAGGCACAAUAAGUGAAUUGAGUCGAAGACCUGGUCUCUAGGUUACGUUUUAUGUGGCAUGUCUUUGGGAUCAACGAUAUUAGAAAAUGGAAGCUCGUAGGCAGGAACUUAGCUAUGUGAAGAAAAAAGUAAGUGUUGGUUGAAUCAUUCGCAAUAUCGACUGGCAAUGUUUCUUUUUUUUUCCUAAGAACAUGUGAUUCCACGAGGUAGUUUUUUGUUAACUUACAUAUGUUCAAUCUGUUACAGGAAUGAUGUCCGUUCGAAAAAUAUUGUUCACAGAGCCCGUUUGUAGCAUGUCCCGCCACUCAUGUACUGAAAAAUUAGAUAUGUUCUGAAAAAGUCGAAAGCACGCACUUUAGUUUUGCAAAAAAAAAAGAAUUUUUUUUUGUUGUUGUUGGAUCAAAGUCAACUUAUGGAGCAAUCACAGAAGCAAGACGUGUCAGUUUUAACGCAAGGCUUCCGAAAACGUUGGUUCUGCGAUCAAGCAAAGGAAAAUGUUUGGUUUCGUUUCUGGUUACGUUAGCACAAGUUCAACACCAUAUGCUGAUAAUCUCUAAGCCCUGUUUCGGAAUUUUUAUAAACGAACAGCCACCGAAUAAACGGGAGAGAGGGGAAUUUUUUUCUUUGUGCUUUCCUAACCAGCUGUUAAAAACGCCCAUUGUACAUACCUCUAACGAAUGGUAAGCAGGAAGCCGUGUUCAGUGUGUCUACCUAAUGCAUUACAUGAGUGAAGAGUGUAAGCCUUCGUAAAUUGAGAGUUAGAGCCCACCGCACUCCUUUCAAACACUUCAGUAUUGAACACAAGGCUUAUUGUGUUAAUGUGUUAAUUUUCCUCUAACCAAACAAGUGCUGUCUGAAUUCGCGAGAAUAACUUGCAGAAAUAAACGUUCUAUUUAUU